AUGCGUCUCGCGCUCGUGCUGUCGACUGUGGCCCUGCUGGCACAGCCCUUGGUGCAAGCGGCAAGUUCACUGGCAUAUUGUGCCACAGAAAACACUGGAUCUUCAUAUUCAGCCGUCACCGAUACUUAUCAAUCUAACGGAGCCUGUGAGGGAACUUGUGCCGACUACGCUCUCGGAGUUCUUCAAGGAAAGAAAUGCUGGUGCAGUAAUGUGGCCCCUGCGGAAGACACGCGAAAGAAUACGACAGAUUGCUCGACGGGCUGCCCUGGCUACCCCUCCGAUAGCUGUGGAAGUGCCGCGAAGGGCGUAUGGGCAUACGUGAAGAUCUCUGGUAAUAGUGUGACCAGCACAGCCUCCGACGGCUCAACCACUUCAACCACCUCGUCAUCCUCGGACACCACUACGGCUGGGAAAAUUGUGAAGGAAACCACAUCGGCUGGCCAAGUGAAGACAAUCACUGUUUCUGCCGCGAGCGCUACCGGGCAGGAUCUAUCGGCAGAUAGUGCCAGCAGUGACAGCUCCAAGCUCAGUGGAGGAUCGAUUGCCGGCAUCGUUAUUGGUGUGAUUGGAGGUCUCGCUCUGGUCGGUGCGCUUAUCUUCAUGAUCUUUUUCUACCGAAAGCGUGCUCGUGCGGCAAGUCCCAUUCCUAGCAACGCGGAUAUGGCCGAGAACCGCACAAGCCGAGGCUCGAGUUUCCCGGGCGUUUUCCCUCAAGGGAAUGACCAGUCAGGGUCGUCGAGCCUGGGUCGCAAGCACACUUUUACCGACAACCGUCUGAAAACCGACAUCUACCCCAACGGUCGUCGGGAUAGUAGUGUGUCGCUCCAGGACAACGAAGAUUACUCGCGGCCUGUUCUUCGACUUACCAACCCCGAUUAA